AUGCAAAAAGCCAUGUGCAGUGCCGUCUCUGAAGUUCGAUUCACCACACCUCUGGUCGUUCUUCUCAACUCUAUAACGUUAAUCACUCAGUUUCUUCCAGACGACCAAAUCGUGCCAGCCUAAAAUCUUUCAAACGACAAAGAUGCUGCGUCUACCCACGGUGAUGAGACAGAUGAGGCCAGUCUGCAGGGCCCUGGCCCCCCACCUCACCCGAGCCUAUGCCAAGGACGUCAAGUUUGGAGCCGAUGCUCGGGCCAUGAUGCUGAAGGGAGUGGAUCUGCUGGCUGAUGCUGUCGCCGUCACCAUGGGUCCCAAGGGUCGCACAGUAAUCAUCGAGCAGAGCUGGGGCAGCCCCAAGGUGACCAAGGACGGCGUCACUGUAGCCAAGGCCAUCGACCUGAAGUGCAAGUACCAGAACAUCGGUGCCAAGCUGGUUCAGGAUGUGGCCAACAACACAAACGAGGAAGCAGGAGAUGGCACCACUACCGCCACCGUGCUGGCCAGAGCCAUCGCUAAGGAGGGCUUUGACACCAUUAGUAAAGGCGCUAACCCAGUGGAGAUCCGUCGUGGCGUCAUGCUGGCUGUGGAGACCGUCAUUGCUGAACUGAAGAGGAUGUCUAAGCCAGUCACCACACCUGAGGAGAUUGCCCAGGUGGCCACCAUCUCUGCAAAUGGAGACGUGGAGAUCGGCACCAUCAUCUCCAACGCCAUGAAAAAAGUGGGCCGCAAGGGAGUCAUCACUGUCAAGGAUGGCAAAACUCUGCAUGAUGAGCUUGAGAUCAUUGAGGGGCUGAAGUUCGACCGCGGAUACAUCUCACCUUACUUCAUCAACACAGCCAAAGGCCAGAAGUGUGAGUUUCAGGAUGCCUAUGUGUUGCUGAGUGAGAAGAAGAUCUCUACUGUCCAGAGCAUUGUCCCUGCCCUGGAAUUGGCCAACCAGCACCGCAAACCUCUGGUCAUCGUGGCUGAGGAUGUGGACGGGGAGGCCCUCAGCACCCUGGUUCUCAACAGGCUGAAGGUGGGACUACAAGUGGUGGCAGUCAAAGCCCCAGGCUUUGGAGACAACAGGAAGGCCCAGCUGCAUGACAUGGCCGUGGCCACCGGGGGCACUGUGUUUGGUGAUGAGGCGGUGGGCAUUGCUCUGGAGGACAUCCAGGCACAUGACUUUGGCCAGGUGGGCGAGGUGUCAGUGACCAAGGACGACACCAUGCUGCUGAAGGGGAAGGGAGACACGGCAUCCAUCGAGAAGAGGCAGGCUCAGAUCGCUGAGCAGCUGGAGAACACCACCAGCGAUUACGAGAAGGAGAAGCUCAACGAAAGGCUGGCCAAGCUGUCUGACGGAGUGGCUGUGCUCAAGGUGGGAGGAACGAGUGAUGUGGAGGUGAAUGAGAAGAAGGACCGUGUGACCGACGCCCUGAAUGCCACCAGGGCCGCUGUGGAGGAGGGCAUCGUGCCCGGGGGAGGCUGUGCCUUGCUGCGCUCAAUCCCUGCCCUGGAUGCCCUCGUGCCCAUCAACUCUGACCAGAAGAUUGGAAUUGACAUCAUCAGACGAGCCCUGCGUGUGCCGGCCAUGACAAUUGCUAAGAACGCUGGUGUGGAGGGCUCUCUAGUGGUAGAGAAGAUCCUUCAGGCCGCGGUGGAGAUCGGCUACGAUGCCAUGGAAGGAGAGUACGUCAACAUGGUAGAGAAGGGCAUCAUUGACCCCACCAAGGUGGUGAGGACUGCACUAAUGGAUGCUGCAGGUGUCGCAUCCCUUCUCUCCACUGCUGAGUGUGUGGUCACAGAGCUGCCCAAGGAGGAGAAGGAGGGUGGCAUGCCAGGAGGUAUGGGAGGUAUGGGAGGUAUGGGCGGUAUGGGAGGUAUGGGCGGUGGCAUGUUCUAAGGCCCACCUCAAAGCGCUGUAAAAACUUAAUGGCAGCGUGGGGCUAGGGGGCAAAUUGUCCCUCCAACCCCCAGACUUGCCAAACGGCCAUUCAGUUGAGUUUUGUUGGAGCUGCAAAUGGAUGAACCACACUACUUCUGCUGAUUGUCUCCCCUCCACCCUCUGGAAGAACAGACUAGCCUGUCCUCGCUCAGCCUCUCUCCGUCCCUCUACCCAACCAGCCUGUCCUCGCUCAGCCUCUCUCCAUCCCUCUACCUCUAACUGAGGCUCUGAGACCUCAGUCUGCCCCGAUGACCCCUUCCAUUUACCUCACUAAUAUGGCCGUCUCAUCAUCCAUCAGCAACAUGCAGAAUAUUCACUGUUUAUGAAAGAUGCGAAUAAUGCAAUGCUGGUAUUGAUAAAUUGUAAUUUCUAUCAAAUGGAAGUAAUGAAGCCUAACUUCUUGACGUUAAAGACGAGGCCGAUUUUAAUAAAUGGCUAAACACAGGAUAGCUAUAGCUAGAAGGGGGUUUGCUGGAGAAAGGAAACUUGGCCAGACAUGCUACUGUCAAUUUGUCGUAACCUUUUGUUAGUUUUAGCGUUGUCCUGUUUCACCCAAGUAAUGUUGGGAGGAACUGUAACCUUUUCAGUUGAGUUAAUGAAAAUAAAAUUGCGGCGCAUGAGCAUUCCUUUGUCUGGUUUCAAUACUCAAAUAUUCUAGAACUUCGGAACCAAAAGAUUCAUAUCAGAAUUCUAUAGGAUGGUUAUUGUACAUUAAGAUAGCUGAUUGUCUUUCUAGCAGAGGUUGACUGUAGGUUGGUUGGUCUAGUUACAGCAGUUUGGGCCAGUGAAGGUCCAAGCCACAAGUUAAUGUGAAACCCAUUGAUGUCCUCAUGACCGGAUUUGUACUUACUGCUCAGAUGUUUAGCCUACAUUUACUGUGUUCAAUCAGUACUAUAAACAACCGUGCAUUCAAGAAGUGUUGAGCUGUGUGUCCCCCCCCAGUACAUUAUUUCUUUGCAAAUAACCAAUCGUGAUCAUUUGACAUGUUUUGUACAAUGUAGACAUUAAUUUGUUUUUAUUUAAUAAAACCAAAUGUUCUGAACAAGA